AAAAGAUUUGUCAAUAGAUACCUCUGAAUAUAGAUACCCAUACCAUGCAAAGGUUUAAGCUAGGACGAAGAAUCUCGCUACGUUUAGGGAUUAACGAUAAAAUAUGUUUCUCUCAUAAACUGAGUUCACCACUAAAUGGCCCACAAUUACAAGAGAAAAUAAACGACCUUCAUGAUUAUUAUGUGCCAAUGGAUCUUAAUUCAGAUUAUAAACAAAGAAAGGUAACGGCCAUUAAAAAGCUGAACUAUAUUUUGAACAAUUCAAACCGGCAUAGUUUACAGGAUUCUGAAUACGAGGAAUUACUGUUGUGCUCUCUUACUCUUGUAUAUUAUUUUGGUAUGAAACUAAAAAUUAGUAUGUUGACCUCAAAAUAUUGGCACUGGUGCGGUAAACGGUUGUUUCUCAAAGCGGAAUCUGCUUUCCAGAGAACUAUGGACCUACUGCAGCCAGAACUAAACGAGCCAGCUAUGAAGAUAACUCUAGCAUUCUUCUCAGAAGUAGACCUUUGGCCGUUUGAGAAUUUUGUCAGUCAAAUAUUAGAAGUGGUACUUUAUUUCAGUGGCGGAAAGACGAUGAUUUUCAACCUGAUGCUGACGGAUAUACAUUGCGUGUUGUUUAGAGACGUCAAAUCGGCUAGACACCGCAUGCGAGUACUUUACGAAUUACUCAAAAGCGAUAAUUGGAUUAUCGACAAGCAGAAGUUGCUACCGUUCGUGACGAGACUCUUGGAUUUCUUCGCUCAAAGCAUCACGAACAAUGACAGGGUGACCGCAUAUGGAUAUUUAAGGAAAGGAUUCGAGGUGUGCUUGCGUAGAAUCUUCGUGCGCGUCGAGAAUAAGCACCGCGUAAUGAUUAUAACGACUAUGCUGAAUUGGUUUUCCCUUGUGGAUAUGAAUGACGAUGAUAUCUUAGAAUUUUCCAACUUACUCGACCACGCCGCUGACCUCUGCAAGGUCGGCAAUUAUAGUGACAGCUUCCAACCGGGUUUGAUCGAGCAUAUACUGCAUAACUUAGUUGGAUCUGUGAAGGAUUCCUAUAGCCUCGUAGGAUCGCGCCUACUACAAAGGUUGUUUGAUAGGCAACAUAACGCUCUAUAUCUUGUUGUGCCAACACUAUACUACGACUUUCAACAGGUUCAACUGAAAAUAGGGAAAUAUGAUUCCGGCGACAAAUUGUUUCUGCUUCAGCACAGAGACGAUCUCCACGAGAACAUAUUGAAGGCUAUCAAGAAUCAUUGCUGCAACUCUGUUAACUUGAAGUCUGUGUUUUCUCUAAUCUGCUGUAUUACAUUAGAAGUGCCGUGUGAUUUAUCAGCGGCUAUGAUUGCGUGUAUGGCUAUGGCUAUUCAGGACUUCGCUUUGAACGGGGAAAAUUUGACGGCGAAUUCCCGAUAUUGGAUGCAUGCAAUCGUCAUAUCAGUAAUGUCCCUCAUUUGUUGGGUGCACAAAGCGCCAGUUUUGUAUCGAUACGUUAAUCAGAUUAUCGAGAGGCGCGCGAAGGAAGCUCCUCAAUUGAAUCCGCCCCUCCUGCAUGCGUACAAACUAGGACAUCAUCACGUCACGUGGAAUAAGCCAACUCUAUUCUUCGAAGAUUGGGAACUCAGAUAUGCACUAUGGAAACACUUUCAGGAUAUUCGACCAUCGUUGUUGAAGCAAAAUAGAGAGAAAAUCGGCAAAAAAGUACCAGCGAUGGAUUUAAUGAAUUGAGAUUAUUAGUGAAUUCGUAUUUGCAAGAAGGCAAACAGGAAAGAUUAAAGUUUUUUAUAGUUACGAGGAAACUGUAAACCAAAGAGAACCUUAGAAGACCAUAACCAAGCUUGAAUACUUCAAGUAAGGCAUUUUCUUUGUUAUUUCUCUUAAGCGAACUUAUUCAAUAAUAAUCUAUUAUUUACAUCAUCAAUCAUCAUAUCAGCUGAACGAUGCCCUUA